UUCUCCUUCUUCCUUCCCCUUCCUCUUAUGGUACAAGAACUGAUUCUUGAAAAAAAGCUAAGAGACAGAGGAGUGAGUGAAAUCCAGGUUUGAGGGAAACUUGGAAGGCAUGGAGAAAGGAGAUAAUGUGAUAAGUUCAGGAGACAGCUUAGUAGUCUAGUUUGUCUGGAAGAUAAGAGAAAUAAUGGGAAGUAAGGGUUAGGGUCAUUCUGAAGGACUUUCUAUAUUGGAGGGAAGAAUUUGGAGUUUAUCUUAGCAGUAAUACGAAACUUUAUAAAGUUUUAUCGAUUAGGUGAAAGUCUAGGACUAUAUGAGAUGGGCACUUUAGGUAUUCUCCCCAUUUUAUAGAUAGGAAGUUGAGGCUCCAAGAAGUUAGGACAGGAAAAAGAGAAAAUGAAUUGCAAAAAAUGUUAUAUGCUACUGAGUGAUACAGGUCCUGGGGUUUGCUACUGCUUCUUCUCAUGGCAAUGUGGUCAACUAAUUUUAUCUUAACUUGGCAUAGAACCCUCUUUAGGGCCAAGGAACUUUCUUGGAAGGGCAAAGGUUUAAGAAAUGGACAGAAUUUAAUUUACUCCAUUGACUCCUCCUAAGAAGAAUGCAAGAAAAAUGUUUGAAAGGCCUGAGGGUCAGAAUGCUAAUUCUAGGAGUCCUUGGAUAAUAUGUUGGUUGUCCCUGGUCCUCAGUAAAUCACAGCUUCCCUCUCCAUAAAAAUCAGAGAAUGAAUAUACAUAUAAUCGGGGGUUGAGAGGUCACACAGUGGGAGGAAGGAUGGUGAAAACAGGAUAAUGCUAGGAAAUGAGGAUCUGGGUCUGGCAUUGUCUUUGUUGUUCUCAAGAUUAUCUCUCUAUCAUCUGUCUGUCUGUCUGUCUAUUUAUCCAUCCAUCCAUUUAAUCUUGAACGUAGAGAAGUCUAGCAUUUAGGGGUAGAUGGGAUUCUGAUCCAGGUGUCUCAUACAGAGAAGGAAACCUAAGAUCAGAUAAGGGAAGGUCACAAGGAUAGUAAGUGACAAAUUGAAUAUGCAAACCCAGGUGCUUUGUUUCCAUUCCAAAUCUCAUGCUUUCUCUAACAUGUUAUUUCAGGAAAAAAGCCAUUGUUCUUCUCUUUGAGUGCUUCUUAAAAUAAAAAAGAAAUUGGACUUAAGUGCCAACUAUCUGCCAGCCACUAUUCUAAGCACUUUACAAACAUUAACUCAUGUGAUCCUCAUCACAACCUGGGAGAUAAAUGCUGUUAAUAUUCUCCAUUUUUUCAGAUUAGGGAACUGAGGAAGACAGUGAUUAAGGACCUUGCUCAGGUUCCUCAGCUAGUAAGUUAUCCAAUUCACUUACAUGCCAUAGCAUCACCUCCCUGACAUCAUAGUCCUCUUCUUAAAUGAAGGAUGAAACAACAACAAUCUGAAGCUGAAUUUGAACUCAGGUUUUACUGACUUCAGGCCAAAUACUCUUAUCCACUAUGUUACCUCAAAUUGCCUCAAGUGAUUAGAUCACAUUAAACAGAAAUCUCUUGAGCAGGAGAGGUAAAUUCUCUGGAAGGGGAAUCAACUGAAGAAAGUGGGAUCGUCAGAUGCACCAACAUGUCCUCGCCUAUCUUUUCCAAUUGUUGUUCAGUUGUUUUUAGUUGUGUCCACCUUUUGUUGAACCCAACUGGGGUUUCCUUGGCAAAGAUACUAGAAUGGUUUUACAUUUCCUUCUCCAGAUCGUUUUACAUAUGAGGAAACUGAGGCAAACAAGAUUAAGUGGGUUGUCUAGGGUCUUACAAUUAGGAAGUGUCUAAGGCUAGAUUUCAACUAGGAAGAGUUUUCCUGACUCUAGGCCCAGCUCUCUGUACACUAUGGCAUCACCUAGAUGGCUUCUGAGGAUGUUGAAGGACCUGAGGAUGCAUAACCCAGAGAAUGAAAGACUUUGGGGUGUAGCAAAUGUCUCCAAGAACUUGAAUGAUUGUAAUUAAGAAUUGAGAUUUCACUUGUUCUGUCUCUGGCUAAGAGUAGUGGGUGGAAAUUUAGAUUCAGUAUCAGGAUAAGCUUUCAAAUGCAGACAAGUGAUAUUGUGGAAAUCAUGUUGUGCAUUGAGUCAGGAAUAACUUGGGUUUGAAUCCUGUCUCGGCCAUUUAUUUGUUAACUAUGAACCCCUGGGCAUGUCAUGUGAUUUCUCAGCCACAGUUUCUGCAUCUGUAGAAUAAGAAUCAUCCCAGCACUCACAUCACAGGGUUGAGAUGAAGACCAAAUGAAAUACCUUAUGUAAAGUACUUUGUAAAGCUUAAAGCACAUUUUUAAUGCUGGCAAUUAGAGAAAUCUUGGACUUUUCAUUUCAGCGAAGGACUUCAAAUGAAGAAUCAAUGACCCCCCCUUCCCCCGCACUUUUUUUUUUUUUUAACUGAGUGUACCACAGAGGAGAUUUUUAUUUAGGUAUUGGUUGGUUUAGUUGAUCACUGGGGUAACUUCCAAUUCUGAAAUACUAUGACCUUGGGAACAGAAAGAAUCCUGAAAGAAGAAGGGAAUUUUCAUUUUCUUUGGCAUCUCAUUAGGUUCAUCCUGAUUUCCUCCUGACUCUGGUACAGGAGGCAGGACUUUGCUUCAAGGCAGCAUCAGUGGUUAAGGGCAAACAUUCCAGGAAGAGGAGGGAGUGACACUUGCUUAGGUAUGAAUGGGGGUGCAACCCUGAUGAGAGGUUAGCUCACAUUCUGUUCCUUUUCAGGUAAGGCUGAGGAACUCAACUCUAAAUGGGACAGCUGAGUUUGUGGGCUAGUGCACUCUGACCCUAAAUUUAGCUGAGAAGGCUCCAAACCCACUGGACAAGUUUUCUUUAAGUGGGGCCAACACUUCUGAGACCAAUGAAGCGUACUAAUCAGCUGUUUGUAUGUACAUGGAACCUAAAUAAUAACAAGGAAGAGAUGCCCAAGACCAUGCCCAUAUGACGUGAGGGUAGACUAUAAAAGCUACAGGGUAUAAGGGACCUUAGACACAGCUCAUUCACUUCUUGAACCAAUUUAGCCACCACCAGAUCUCUUAACACUAUGACUGAUAGCUGUUGUCUCAGAACCUGCCAAGCCAUUCCAUCCGCACCUAUCAUCCCUUUCUAUUCCAAUGGUGGCACCUAUGGAAAAGCUAUCUGCCUCCCUAGUUCCUGCCAAGGCAAAACGUGGCAACUGGUUACCUGCCAAGAAAACUGCCAGUCAUCUGGCUGCAACUUGAAUUGUCCUGAACCUACAUGCUGUGAGCGCCCAUCUUGCCAACUAACUGGCCUUCCAUCAACAUCUCGCGUGGGUUUUGUCUGCCAACCCAUUUGUAAUAGUGCUAGGUGCUGUGAAACCAGUGGUGGUCAGUCAGCUUGCAUUGUCAGCAGCUGUCCACCACCUUGCUCUGAAUCUAACUCCUGCCAAUCAACUUGUGAUGCCGCUCCCUGCCAACCAGCUUCCCGUCAGGAAGCUGCAUGUGUGACCAGAUCAUGUUCAUCAUCUUGCUGCCGAUCAACAGGCUGUGAGACCAGUUCUUGCCAGCCAAUCUGUUCCGAAUCCACUUCUUGUCCUCAGAUGUCCUGUCAGCCAGCUGUCUGCAUGCCUAGCUCCUGCCAACCAACUUCUUGUCAGAUAAGUUCAUGUCAACCAACUAACUGUGAAGGCCAGUCCUGUGGACCAACAUACUAUCAGCCUGUUUACUUUCUCAGCUCUUGCCAACCAUUUGCUUGCAUGCCUGCUUCCUGUCAGCCAUCUUUUUGUAUUCCUAACAUUUACAAACAAACUUACUGUGUGCCUUUGUCCUUCCAGUCCUUUUAUUGCCAGCCAUCUUCUUGUAUGUCUUAUGUUUGCCAGUCAAGCAGCUGCCAACCCAAAUGCUCUGUGCAGAAUUCCUGUAAACCAGUCUGUGGAACUUCUGUCUCAUGCCAACCAACUCACUGCAUGCCCCUUUCCUGCAAAGGGGAUGGAUGCAAAUCUACUUCUUUCCAGCCAGCUUGCUGUGUGACUGGUUCUGAAAAACCAUCUAGCUGUGGCAUUGAUUACUGCCCAUCCACUUACCCAGGUUCCUGCAAAUCAAGUAGCCGCCUGCUCAGAUCCUGCCGACCCAAAAGCUAUGUAACCAACAUCCGCAAAACUACUUAUUGCUAAUGGAGAAGACUGCCUGAUCUGAGAAGCUGAGUCUGCCCAUCAACACACUGCUGCAUUGUUUGUGUCUUAUUUCUUGGUAUACAGCAAAAUUUUCCAAAUGUAUAUUUCUAUUGUUUACCAGCUAUGCCAUGUAUACUCUUUGAUUCCAAGCCUGAAAGUCUCUGCAGGCAUUGACUAGGUAUGGAAGCAGCUGCUAGGAAAUGAUUUUCUUAAAACACAGAGAAAGACACUGGGCAACAAUGAGUGAAACUAUGUCCUGCGUUUCUUGAUUAUGUCAAUUUUGUUUCAGCAAAUGAUCUUCCCUGGGUUCUUCACUCUUCAAAAAUCAACUUGCUGUCUUUGUUAGUAAUGGUUAAUAAAUGUAAUAGUUUAAGCAGCAAAUGUCACUCUCAUGGUUCUUCACUGAUUACAAUCUAUUCUCUUCACUAUAUUUCCCCUAUAUUUCAUUUCAGCUU